AGGAGAAUACGUUUGUAUCACCAUCAUCUGAUCGGAGCUUGGAUCUAUCACUUCUCCACCAUCCCAGUCAGCCCAACGCAGUCAAAGUCCAUUCGUCGACCAGUACCGCGGGCACUUUUCUGCCUUGCCCCCCCCUGAUUUGUAUUUCUUUCUUCUUCACAAGUCCACAGAGACACAGCCUCACACGCUACAGCCCCUAAAAAGCUUGGCAGCGGUCCGGCGAUGAUGCGUCGAUCAUCGGCCUUGGCCUCCCACGUUGCACAGCUCCUUCCUCCGAAUGGUAUACCAAGACUGUUUACCACUCGGGCCGAGAAGAGGCUCGGAAAACACUCUCCAGGAAUGCUGCUUUUGGCACUGUAUCCAUUAUCAACUGGUUCCUCAAGACGACGGUCCCUGUGUUGCUUGAUCAGACCUGAAGAGCAAUUGACCUCAGCCUGUUCGGAGUGGAUAUCAACAACAAUCCGAGCCACAAGAAGAAUCACAACCAGUUCUUGGCACUGAUGAACGCUCUUCCGGGUCCAGGCAGAGAAAUUUCCUUCAGUGCAAAGCAUUCUUCCAGACUCCUAUUCUGUCUCUCAAAGCAUAAACGUCUAACGUUUUCGGCCUAACUUCCCCCCCUAAACCCCCUCCCGCCCAGAGUGGGUCACCGCACUGACUCGAACUAUAGACUCCAUCUUCCGCUAUUCCACAAUUACAGAGCCCAUCCACCAGCCAAACCUUUUCCCCGUAUGGUGCAUGGCAUCACCCUGGCACCCUGCGCCCCCCCUGGCGGCAAUGAGCGCGCCCAGCCAGGAAGCCCGGGACGAUCAAUGCUCCAUUUUUUAGACUGAAUGGGACCCCUGAUAAGCUCCGUGAAUCUGGUAGGUCCGUUUUGGCGAGCACUGCACUAAGACCAGACUCCACGACCUAGGCACCGAGCUAUACAAUGCCACUGCGAGACGUGGUGUGUAUGAAGUUAUUGUCUGGAUAUCGUGGCAGUUCUUGGUGUUUGUCUUGGCCGUGGAUCGUGCCGUGAAGAUCUUGCUGGGCACGGGAGGGUGAUGAUGAAUCUGUGGCGGAAUGUUUGGGCCGUCAGAGAUGAACUAUUGAAGCAUCAAAGCUUUAAAGGCGGAAGAGGGCUUCUUUCUCAGGGGGUCAUUCUAUUCAAUCCAUCGAUCUCAAAGCGAUUUGUGAUUCUUAUUCUUGUCACUUUAUUGCAUCUUGCAUCAGCCAUUGCCAUCUUUUCUUUCCUUUUUGUUCCUCUUGACAGUACCUCUUUCGUCGACAUCUUCAUUCUCCUACUCUAUCAAGCCGGAGGGACUAUCAUAACAGUUGCCUUCCAGUUCACUCUCUUUUGAUACUAUAUUUUCAUUGGUCCUAUCCAAUUGCAUUGCUAUACAGCACCACACUCUAUACAACGUCUCCAAAAUGUCUGCUCCUUCCAGGCCAGGCCUUCUCGGCCCUGAGAGCUACGAGCUUCCACCGCACUCCUCCCACUCCAACAGAUCCGACACGCCCAUCUUACACUCUGACCUGGAAAAGUCCCCCAAAACAUACAAAAUCAGCUUCACUCAACGACUACGCCACUUCACCUGGGCUUGGUACACUCUCACAAUGAGCACUGGUGGCCUCGCCCUACUAAUCGCCAACCAACCCAACACAUUCCCCGGUCUCUACCAAAUCGGUCUAGCAGUCUAUAUCAUCAAUCUCGUACUCUUCGCCGCAGUUAGCUCCAUCAUGGCCACGCGCUUCGUCAUUCAUGGCAAUCUCAUCGAAUCCCUCGCCCAUGACCGCGAGGGCCUCUUCUUUCCAACCUUCUGGCUCUCCAUCGCAACAAUGAUCACCGGCUUAGAGAAAUACUUUGGCGACGACCCAGCAACCGCCUUCUCCACAACUCUCCAAGUCCUUUUCUGGACCUAUUGCGCCUGUACCUUUGCCGUCGCCGUCCUCCAAUACUCCUACCUCUUCUCCUCCGUAACCUACAGACUCCAAACCAUGAUGCCCUCCUGGGUCCUCCCAGCAUUCCCCAUUAUGCUUAGCGGGACAAUCGCCUCCGUCAUCGCUGAGCGCCAGCCCUCCCACUCCGCUAUCCCCAUCGUCGCUGCGGGAAUGACCUUCCAAGGCCUCGGCUUCAGUCUCAGCUUUAUGAUGUACUCGCACUAUAUCGGCCGACUUAUGGAAUCAGGUCUACCCUGUCGCGAGCACCGACCGGGAAUGUUCAUCUGCGUUGGUCCACCGGCCUUCACAGCGCUCGCACUCAUCGGCAUGGCCCGCGGCCUACCAGAAACAAUCAGCGUGAUGGGCAGCGAUGAUAGCGUCGCCGAUGGCCGAGUCCUCGAGAUUCUGGCCCUAGCAGCGGGCGCAUUCCUAUGGGCGCUGAGUUUGUGGUUCUUUUGUGUCGCGCUGAUCGCGGUUGUGAGAGCUCCACCGACGGCAUUCCACUUGAGCUGGUGGGCUAUGGUUUUCCCGAACACUGGUUUCACAUUGGCGACUAUCGUGUUGGGGAACUCGUUUGAGAGUAAGGCUAUCAAGGGUGUCGGGUCGGCGAUGUCAGUUUGUAUUGUGGCGAUGUGGUUGUUUGUCUUUGUGAAUCAUGUGUUGGCGGUGGUUCGGAGGGAUAUCAUGUUCCCUGGCAAAGAUGAGGAUGUCUCGGAUUAAAUUAGGGCUGUCUUGGUCUCUGAGAUGUCCUUUGUCGAGUGUCGUUAUUCCUGCUCUGCAUGUUGUCUUCCGCGACGUUAUUAGUCUGCUUCUCUUCUUCUCUUCUUCCAUUUUUUUUUCAGCAUGUCUUUUCAUCUUUCAUGGCGUUGCGACUACUUUUUUGGGUGUUUCCUGGGUUGGAUAAACUGGCAUGUCUUGGGCGUUGGUGCAUCUUUAGGAGUCGGUCGCGUCGAGUUGCGACUCGGCUUCGUUUCGGUCUUGCAUAUACAUAUACACAUACACACGUACCCUAGAGCCCCGUUAGACAAAUUGAUCUUGAAUUUUCAAAUGAU